AUGCCUCCUCAGCUCCUACCCGCUUCGGCGGCUGCCUUUGCGCCGCGAGCCUCAUCAGUCAAUGUAGUUUUAGGAUCGAAAGUAGAGCCGUGGUUAACACAAACCCUCAAGAGGAUAAACCGGAUCAAGCGCCCGCUCAACAGCGUCCCUCAGCACCAGAGAUGUUUAACGGAAACACUGUCGUCGACAAAUGCGAUAUGGACUCUGACCUCAAUCAUGUUGCCCAAGGCGCCGGACUCGGAGUUGCGCAAGGACUCUAACCCGUUGAUAGAAGCACUCUUCAACUUCCAGCUCGUCCAUAUCGAGGCCUACAUCGUGCACGUCGACAUGGUGCUCCGGAAUGAGGUCGCAUUCAAGUUAACACCUGACUCGAUAGAGGCCCUGAUCGAGUACCACAAGGAAAUCCACUGCGUCGACAUCGCCGCCAGCACGUACAACUGGUUAGAAAAGGAACUUCAGGUCAAGAAGCUGCACGAGGAAUUCAUCCAGGCCAUCAACAAGUUCGUAUAUAGGACGAAUGUGAUUGCGCUGGAAGGUCUGGAAGAGGAAGGUGCCGGCGAGCUGUUGUGCGGAAAGAGCGAAGAGGUCAAGAACAACAUCAUGAACUUGUUCCUUCCGCUCCUUCCUCCCCCACCAAGGGUCGUGGACGUCAUCAGGCCUCAGACGCUCCUUCCAAGUUCGGUGUCUGGAGGUGGCUGGUGGACACAGUCGCAGCCGAUGCUGCAAAACCCGGUGCCCGCGCCAUCGGAUGUCUGGAGGAUGCUCCCAUCAAGCCCAAGCACAACCUCAUCCGUCGACAGCAAUACGCUGUGGGCGAGCAUGAGCAUGGGAGAUAACUUCCAGCUGCCGUCGCCCGCGCCUUCCUUCAGCCAGCCCUACACGACGACGUCAGGGAUGUACUUUCCUCAACCGCCCGUCAGCUCGCCCAUCCCGCAUCUGCCGUUACCAAGCAUGCUUGCGCCGCAACCCUGUGGUGUCAGCGUUGGCUUCAAUAGCUUCGGAAACGGAUGGGAUCGAUACCAGGAGUACGCCAUGUCGAUGUGA